AUGCUAGAUAAUAAGUCCGUCGCGGACCCUAUUCGCAUCCGCAGCACUAUCGAAACUAUAAGCGGGCUACCCGGGGAGGGCACCUUAAACCUCAUCCUACUUCUCUUAGGUGGCAAGGUCUUCGAAGACGCCGCCGACCAGUCAUCGGGCCUAUACCCGGCCUGGCGUACCUGUCCUAUGGUGCAUCUCGCUAUGCGAAGCAUCCCCCAUACUCAGACGCUCACGGCGGCCGAGCGCAAGGCCAUCGCCGACGACAUCACCUUUAUUAAGGGCAACGCCACCAAGCAGCUCGCCCCUAACACGGGAGGAUACAUAAACGAGGGCGAUGCUAGCGACCCCGACUACAGGAAUACCUUUUACGGGGCUAACUACCAGACUCACCUAGCUGUUAAGAACAAGUAUGAUCCCGACUAUUUGUUUUACUAUCCGACGUGCGUCGGUGCCGAGCAGUUCGUCGAUCAACCUAAUAGUGCGCUAUGCAUAGUGCGGUCGAUGGGACCGUGA